AUGCAUACAUCUCUUUGUAUUGCUAUUAUUCUUACAUUUAUCCAGUCGAUUUUAAGUGCACAUGUUGAAGAUAAUCGAAUUAUUAUUGGAUCAAGUGUUGGUGGAGUUUUUGGUUUAAUCAUCUUGAUCCUUGAUCUUAUUGCAAUUUUUGAAGUACUCAAAUCGGGUGGCCGUAGUAUGUGUUCGAAACUUAUUUGGAUUUUAAUUAUCAUCUUUUUUCCUAUUGGUGGUUUGAUUUUAUAUUGUUUAUGUGCUCGAUCUCGUAAAGCCGAUGAAAUUGUUUAA